AUGUACACAAAUCAAUGGGAAUUAUAUGAACAUGAAAGCUUUGAGCCUUUCAGCAUACUAACUCCUCUAGAAGACAUAACAACAACCAUUCAUGAAUCAAAUGUAAAUGAAACAUAUAUGAGCUUUCAACCUCAACAACACUAUCAGCAACAGAUUGACAUUCCUAUUUGGAGCAAUGAAUUUUCCAUGAAAACAACAACUGAAUCACCUUUUCAGUUUUGCCAAGAGAACUACUCAAACAUUAUCGCCAAACAAGAUCAACAAACUACCUCUUUAGAUUUCGUUGCUGAAUCUUUAAUGUCUAUCAGUGAAGAUAGUAUUUCUUAUUCCGAAAAGUGUAGUCAAUUUGCCUCUUGUUCUGAUAACACGCCAAUUUGUGAGAACUUUCCACAACAACAUAAGAAGGUGCUGGAGGGUUUUUCUACUUUACAUCCGAAGUCCCAUGAAAUGACUCAGCUGGAAUCAUGUAUAAACCAAAACAAGCAGCAAUCUUCAUCUUGUGGAGUUGAUUUUGCAACAGCUACUAACUCUGUUUCUAAGAUAACUGCAAAGGGUAAAAGAAGAUUAAUAUGGACAAAAGAAAUGCAUGAACCAUUUGUUAUAAUAGUCAGCCAGCUUGGUGGUCCAGAAAAGGCAAAGCCUAAGGCUAUACUUCAGAUGAUGGGUUUGGAUGAGUUGAAUAUUUCGCAUGUUAAAAGUCAUUUGCAGAGUUAA